CGGCGCCAUUUUAAGCCUCUCGGUCUGUAGCGGCCGUGUCAGCUCGGUCCGUGGAGCGGGGAGCGAGGGGAGGCGGAGGCGGAGGCGGAGGCAGGUUCGAAGAGCAGCUCCGUCCCCGCCGAGGCGUCCCCGCGGGCCGAGGACGGGCAGACUCCAGCGGCGGGAGGAGCCCGUUCCCUGAGGGUAUCUGAAGUACACCAUACAACAGUUUUGAAAUCCUGUGUGAACAAUGGCUACCCAAGCUGAUUUGAUGGAGCUGGACCUGGCAAUGGAGCCAGACAGAAAAGCGGCUGUCAGUCACUGGCAGCAACAGUCUUAUCUGGACUCUGGAAUCCAUUCUGGUGCCACAACCACAGCCCCUUCUCUGAGUGGCAAAGGCAAUCCUGAGGAAGAGGAUGUGGAUACCACCCAAGUGCUCUACGAGUGGGAACAGGGAUUUUCUCAGUCCUUCACUCAAGAACAAGUAGCUGAUAUUGAUGGACAGUAUGCAAUGACUCGUGCUCAGAGGGUCCGAGCUGCUAUGUUCCCUGAGACACUAGAUGAGGGCAUGCAAAUCCCAUCUACACAGUUUGAUGCUGCUCAUCCAACUAACGUCCAGCGUUUGGCUGAACCAUCUCAGAUGCUGAAACAUGCUGUUGUCAAUUUGAUUAAUUAUCAAGAUGAUGCAGAACUUGCCACACGUGCAAUCCCUGAACUGACAAAACUGCUAAAUGAUGAGGACCAGGUGGUGGUUAAUAAGGCUGCAGUCAUGGUCCAUCAACUUUCUAAAAAAGAAGCUUCCAGACAUGCCAUCAUGCGUUCUCCUCAGAUGGUGUCUGCUAUUGUACGCACCAUGCAGAAUACAAAUGAUGUGGAAACAGCUCGCUGUACUGCUGGGACCUUGCACAAUCUUUCCCAUCAUCGUGAGGGCUUGCUGGCCAUCUUUAAGUCUGGGGGCAUUCCUGCCCUUGUGAAGAUGCUUGGUUCACCAGUGGAUUCUGUAUUGUUUUAUGCCAUUACGACCCUCCACAACCUUUUACUGCAUCAAGAAGGAGCUAAAAUGGCAGUGCGUUUAGCUGGUGGACUGCAGAAAAUGGUUGCCUUGCUCAGUAAAACAAAUGUUAAAUUCUUGGCUAUUACAACAGACUGCCUUCAGAUAUUAGCUUAUGGCAAUCAAGAAAGCAAGCUGAUCAUUCUGGCUAGUGGUGGACCUCAAGCUUUAGUAAAUAUAAUGAGGACCUACACAUAUGAGAAACUACUAUGGACCACAAGCAGAGUACUGAAGGUGCUUUCUGUCUGCUCUAGUAAUAAGCCGGCUAUUGUAGAAGCGGGUGGAAUGCAAGCUUUGGGACUUCACCUGACAGAUCCAAGUCAGCGCCUUGUUCAGAACUGUCUUUGGACUCUUAGGAAUCUUUCAGAUGCUGCAACUAAACAGGAAGGGAUGGAAGGUCUUCUUGGGACCCUUGUUCAGCUUCUGGGCUCAGAUGAUAUAAAUGUGGUCACUUGUGCAGCUGGAAUUCUCUCAAAUCUCACUUGUAAUAAUUACAAGAACAAGAUGAUGGUGUGCCAAGUGGGUGGCAUAGAGGCUCUUGUGCGUACUGUCCUUCGUGCUGGCGAUAGAGAGGACAUCACCGAGCCUGCCAUCUGUGCUCUUCGUCACCUGACCAGCCGACAUCAGGAAGCAGAGAUGGCCCAGAAUGCUGUUCGCCUUCACUAUGGACUACCAGUUGUGGUCAAACUACUACACCCACCAUCCCAUUGGCCUCUGAUAAAGGCUACUGUUGGAUUGAUUCGAAAUCUUGCCCUUUGUCCAGCAAAUCAUGCACCUUUGCGUGAGCAGGGUGCCAUUCCACGACUAGUUCAGUUGCUGGUUCGUGCACAUCAGGAUACCCAGCGCCGCACAUCUAUGGGUGGAACACAGCAGCAGUUUGUGGAGGGGGUCCGCAUGGAAGAAAUAGUUGAAGGUUGUACCGGAGCCCUUCAUAUCCUAGCUCGGGAUGUUCACAACCGAAUUGUAAUCAGAGGACUAAACACCAUUCCAUUGUUUGUGCAGCUGCUUUAUUCUCCCAUUGAAAAUAUUCAAAGAGUAGCUGCAGGGGUCCUCUGUGAACUUGCUCAGGACAAGGAGGCUGCAGAAGCCAUUGAAGCUGAGGGAGCCACCGCUCCUCUGACAGAGUUACUUCAUUCCAGAAAUGAAGGUGUGGCAACAUAUGCAGCUGCUGUUUUGUUCCGAAUGUCUGAGGAUAAGCCACAGGAUUAUAAGAAACGGCUUUCAGUUGAGCUGACCAGUUCUCUCUUCAGAACAGAGCCAAUGGCUUGGAAUGAGACUGCUGAUCUUGGACUUGAUAUUGGUGCCCAAGGAGAACCCCUUGGAUAUCGCCAAGAUGAUCCCAGCUAUCGUUCUUUUCACUCUGGUGGAUAUGGCCAGGAUGCGCUGGGGAUGGACCCCAUGAUGGAGCAUGAGAUGGGUGGCCACCACCCUGGUGCUGACUAUCCAGUUGAUGGGCUGCCCGAUCUGGGACAUGCCCAGGACCUCAUGGAUGGGCUGCCUCCAGGUGACAGCAAUCAGCUGGCCUGGUUUGAUACUGACCUGUAAAUCAUCCUUUAGCUGUGUUGUCUGAACUUGCAUUGUGAUUGGCCUGUAGAGUUGCUGAGAGGGCUCGAGGGGGGGGCUGGUAUCUCAGAAAGUGCCUGACACACUAACCAAGCUGAGUUUCCUAUGGGAACAAUUGAAGUAAACUUUUUGUUCUGGUCCUUUUUGGUCGAGGAGUAACAAUACAAAUGGAUUUUGGGAGUGACUCAAGAAGUGAAGAAUGCACAAGAGUGGAUCACAAGAUAUGGAAUUUAUCAAACUCUAGCCUUGCUUGUUAAAUUUUUUUUUAAUAUCUGUAAUGGUACUGACUUUGCUUGCUUUGAAGUAGCUCUUUAAUUUUUUUUGCAAUAACUGUUAGUUUUUUAAGUCUCUAGUGUUAAGUUAUAGUGAAUACUGCUACAGCAAUUUCUAAUUUUUAAGAAUUGAGUAAUGGUGUAGAACACUAAUUCAUAAUCACUCUUAAUUGUAAUCUGAAUAAAGUGUAACAUUGUGUAGCCUUUUUGUAUAAAAUAGACAAAUAGAAAUGGUCCAUUUAGUUUCCUUUUUAAUAUGCUUAAAAUAAGCAGGUGGAUCUUUCAUGUUUUUGAUCAAAAACUUUAUUUGGGAUAUGUAUGGUAGGGUAAAUCAGUAAGAGGUGUUAUUUGGAACCUUGUUUUGGACAGUUUACCAUUUGCCUUUAUCCCAAAGUUGUUGUAACCUGCUGUGAUAUGAUGCUUCAAGAGAAAAUGCGGUUAUAAAAAGGGUUCAGAAUUAAACUUUUAAUUCAUUCAA